CAGAGAGAAAACUUGUCAAAGCUAGUUGUAGUCACAAAUCAUCAAAAAAGAAGAAGGAUGAAGUCUUGCCAACAAAAGGCGAUGGAGACGCUGCUUCAGGGCCAUGGGUGUGCCAACCAGCUAAAGCUCAUCAUGGACCACGCCGAGUCAGACUCGUCCAUGGAAAGGGAGGAUCUGGCCAAGUCCGUCCUCCAUUGUUUCUCGGAUGCGCUCUCCAUUUUGAUCGAUACUAGUGAUCACAAUCACCGCCAAGACGAACAAUCCAAUAACUCAUCUCCGCAAGACUCUUCUCUUGUUCGUGACGAGAGCGGCAGGAAGUCGUCGCUUCACAAGAGGGGAAGAAAGACAGCAAUGGCAGAGAGCUCAGACUACCGCAGACACGAAGCCCCAAACCCGAUCUACCACGACGGCUUUCUCUGGAGGAAAUACGGACAAAAGCAGAUCAAAGAAUCGGACCACCAAAGGAGUUACUACAAAUGUGCGUACACCAAGGACCAGAACUGUGAAGCAAAGAAGCAGGUUCAAAUGAUCCAACACAACCCUCCAUUGUACUCAACCACUUACUUCGGCCACCACACAUGCCAGCUUCAUCAAGCCUAUGCAACUUUCCCCCUUGACACCUCGGAUCCCCAAGAUUCCUCCCACAUGAUCCGAUUUGACCACCCAAACUCCUCAAACCAUCAACAUCAGGAUCCAAAUCAGAUUCAUCCCAAAGAUGAAGAAUACACCAUGUCACCUGAGAAAGCGGAAGACUGGUCUCCAUCUCAGUGGAUGUCCUCCGAGGUUGCCCACGCCGUGGAGGCCUUCGGCUUUAACCCUUUUAGUGACUUAUCAUGACUAUACAUCCUUCCCCUCACUACCAUAUAUAUGUGUAGCUUCUUUAAUUAUCAUAUAGUAUCCUCGUAUUACUUUUUUUGCGUUAUACAUCUUUAUCUACUUGAGCUUUUGUUUUGAGUUAAUAUUAAC